AGCCUCGGGGUCCUGGGUUGAGAGAGCCGGACGGAAGUGAGCGGGUCCCGCCCCUUCCCCUUCUCGUUUUCGUUGGAGCCGCUGCCACCGCUGCCCCCUUUCUGACUAGCCGGAGUCUCCGUUCCGUGUCCUCGGUCCCCGGCCGCGCGGAGCCGGGAUGCACUGCUCCUGCUGUGGGUCCUCAUCAUGGAGACCAAACGGGUGGAGAUUCCCGGCAGCGUCCUGGACGAUCUCUGCAGCCGAUUUAUUUUGCAUAUUCCCAGCGAGGAAAGAGACAAUGCUAUCCGAGUGUGUUUUCAGAUUGAACUUGCCCAUUGGUUUUACUUGGAUUUCUACAUGCAGAACACACCAGGAUUACCUCAGUGUGGGAUAAGAGACUUUGCUAAAGCUGUCUUCAAUCAUUGUCCAUUUUUGCUGCCUCAAGGUGAAGAUGUGGAAAAAAUUUUGGAUGAAUGGAAGGAGUAUAAAAUGGGAGUGCCAACAUAUGGUGCAAUUAUUCUUGAUGAGACACUUGAAAAUGUACUACUGGUUCAGGGGUACCUAGCAAAAUCAGGCUGGGGAUUUCCAAAAGGAAAAGUGAAUAAAGAAGAAGCUCCUCAUGAUUGUGCUGCUAGAGAGGUCUUUGAAGAAACUGGUUUUGAUAUUAAAGAUUAUAUCUGUAAGGAUGAUUACAUUGAACUUCGAAUCAAUGACCAGCUUGCUCGUUUGUACAUCAUUCCAGGAAUUCCAAAAGAUACAAAAUUUAACCCAAAAACCAGAAGAGAAAUUCGGAACAUUGAGUGGUUCUCCAUUGAGAAAUUGCCCUGUCAUAGAAAUGAUAUGACCCCCAAAUCCAAACUUGGUUUGGCACCUAACAAAUUUUUUAUGGCCAUUCCUUUUAUCAGACCAUUAAGGGACUGGCUUUCUAGAAGAUUUGGAGAUUCCUCAGAUAGUGACAAUGGAUUUUCCUCAGCUGGUAGCACACCAGCUAAACCCACUGUGGAAAAACUGAGUCGAACCAAAUACCGCCACAGUCAGCAGUUAUUUCCAGAAGGUUCUCCUGGUGACCAAUGGGUAAAGCACAGGCAACCGCUGCAGCAAAAACCGUAUAAUAGUAAUCAUUCUGAAAUGUCUGACCUUUUAAAAGUAAAGAAUCAGAGUAUGAGGGGAAAUGGCAGAAAACAGUAUCAAGAUUCACCUAAUCAAAAGAGAAGAACAAAUGGGGCCCACAGCCAGCCAGCCAAGCAGCAGAAUCCCUUGAUGAAAUGUGAAAAAAAACUUCAUCCACGAAAACUUCAGGAUACUUUUGAAGCAGAUGCUGCAUAUGACUUAACUUGCUCUGGUGAAGACCAAUUGCUAGAACAUGCUGAGGGCCAGUCUGUGGCAUGUAAUGGACAUUGCAAGUUCCCGUUUUCAUCUAGAGCCUUUCUGAGUUUCAAGUUUGACCAUAAUGCUAUAAUGAAAAUCUUGGACCUUUGAUAGCAGCACAUGUAUUGUGGAAAUCUCAAGAUCAGAGACCUGGUGCAUUUGAGUGGGUGUCUCUUUGAGCCUUACCUUUCUCAGGUGUUUUAAAGAAAUGCAGGGAAGCAAUGAUGUUUCUGAAGAAAUCGUUCUCUGUGCAGAAGAGAGAGUAGAAAGAAACAUGAGUUUGCACUGUAAAUGCAGUUAUAAAUUUUUAUAUACAUGUACCCUUUCAGUGUUUGGCUGACGAAUUUAAGUUGCUUUUUAUGGGGCAUUUUUUUCUGUGUGAUUGUGGUUUUUAUUUUGUAUUCUAGUCAAGAAAAUAGAGUUUGUGUCAUUAUUUAGUCGCCAAGUUAAUGGGAAUGCUCUGUCUACCCAUUACAGUGAUUAUAAUACUAGUUUCCUUAUGUUGAAAAUUUUAAAGGAAACUUAAAAUACACGGUUAUUAAAUGAUUACAAAAGCUGAAAUGUCACAAAAGUCAAGAUUGCAGGUCAUCUGCUUUGGUGGCAUUUUAUGCAUUUGUCUGCUACUAACCACUUGGGUUCUCUAAUUCUCUGCUUGGAGUUUUGUUAAAAGGUUUUACAUAGAGUCAGCAUCUGCUAUAUAAUGUUCAUGUUCAAAAUGAACUCUUGGCUCUUCAUUAAAGGACAAAGUCCUCAGCCUGGAGAGGGACUGAGUUGGUUGGGUGGGGAGUUGACGCUCUAAUUUUGAGUUGUGCCCCGUGAGACUGGAGAGAGUGAAUGGAGAGAGAGCAUGGGGGCUGGGACCCCGAAACUGCUUUGUCACAUCUGCACCAUCCUGCCGCCAGCCCCUUAGUAUCAUCUGAUGAUUUCGUUCUUGCGAAACUUUUUUUUUCUGUUUCACAGUUGUGUAAAUAUGUAUGGAAUAUUGACUGACAUUAUAAGGUUUUACAUUGCAUCUCAGUGUUGAUCUCUCGAAACUGAUACUAGGUUCCAGUGUGCAGUAGUAGCAGAGAACUGACACACUUUUUUUAGCGAGCUGAAGUCCCUGGAUGAUGGAGUAAAAAGGGAAGGGUUGGCACUUGACCCAAGUCCACAUAAAGCAUUUCACCAGCGGAGAAGAUCAGAACAUGGAAGUGACAUGUGUAAUUUACUCCUAGGAAUGUAUUUUGCUCCUUCAGGAUUCUUAAAUGCAAAUAAGGAUGGCAUUGCCCAUUUAAAGAAGGAUUUUAACUGUAUAAUUAAGGACAAUCACCAGGGCUGUAAGGAGGCUUUAGUGUUUGGGCUGCUGCUGACCUCACUGAAGGUGUCUCGGUGGGGGCGGGGCGGGGAUAGAGUGUGCAAGCAUAUGCGUGCAUGUGCAUCUGUCAUGUGGGUUUUAAAAAUCUUUUUUACGUGUGGCAUCCACAAAAUAUAUCUCUGCUUGUAAAUUUUAUUGUAGAAAUCUUUAUUAUGUAUAGAUAGCCUAUUUAAUAGGGGUUCUAUUGAACCCAGUGGCACUUUCAAAAGAAGUGCUGUUGUCACUUGGUAUUACUUUGCUUUAGCUUUUAAAUGGCCUGAUUUUAAAGGAGAAAUUCUAUUUAUUAAUAAUAAAGUGUCACCUUCUUGGUGCUAAGCAGGAUACUUCAUUUAUAGCAGCUUGUUUAGAAUUAUGUUAUUCACAAUCCUGCAUCUCUUAAUGUGACAAAUUUGUGAAUCUUUCUGUGAUCUUUUUUAAAAAAAUGCAUUAUAUGAUUGUGUUUGGAAGCUCUUAACUGUCCUUUCCAAAAAUACAGCUGCUUUGCAUGGGUCUCCUUGAGCCAUAUUUAUAGUUGGUCCCAGCAUUCCAUAUUUCUGUUAGAUUGUUAGGGGAAUGAAAACAUACUUUGCCUGGCAGAUAAAUCAUUUUCACUCGUUUACUGCCAUCUGGAAACCAUUUAAGUUUAAUGAUUUGGGUUUUUGUUUUUUUUUUUUAAGUGAGUGCUUUGGUCAGUCUUUCUGGUGCCUCGAGUUGGAUUUUCAGCUCUCGAUACUAAAGCAGUAGAGAUUAUAGAGUUCCUUACCAGAAGUAUGGCCUCUAAUGGUAUUGAGCCUUUUCAGGAACCCACAAAUUGGGAGUUCCCUAGUGGCCUGCAUUGUCCCUAGCCUGGGAACGUCUGUGUGCUGUGAGUGCGGCCAAAAAAAAAAAAAAAAGAAGAACCAACAAAUUAUUUCUUUUCAGUUAUGGUAGUUAAACUAUGAUUAAAUAUUAUUGCUGUUGUGCUGCUUCAUUUAAUGCACUGUGGAACAAAAUAAGGGUUUUUGUUGGGAUGGGACUUUGGUGACUUGAGGCUUUCAGCUCUCUUGACAGUUUGAGAUUUUAAAAAAUGUUAAAAGAGGAGUUCUCUUGUGGCUCAGUGGGUUAAGGAUCUGGCAUCGUCACUGCUGCAGCUCAGGUCGUUGCUGUGGUGUGGGUUUAAUCCCUGGCCCAGGAACUUCCACGUGCUGCGGGUGCGGCCAAAAAGAAAAAGUUAAAAGAUGAGUUGGAGUUGGUGUGUGUGAUGUGACUAAACUAUGCAGAAAAUGUAUAAGUUGGAUGUACCUGUUUUUUGUACAUCUGCUAUACUUAUUCCCUUGAACCUGUGUUAUUAGUUUCUCAGUGUUCAGGUUACCCUGGGAAAGGCCAUGAUUAGCACAGAACUAGAUUUCUCAUUUGAGAAAUCUUAGCAUGGUUUGAAGAAAUCAUGUAAUAAAGAAGUAUACUGAAUAUGCAA